CACAAUCCGUAUUCAAGAAUAAUAAUCACAAAAGAAACAAACGAUCGCCAUUUUGGUUAGAGAACACACAAAACAAAAAUGGCGAUCGUGAGUCCCAAUUUCUGUGCACCCUACCCAAUAGAGUUGGGGAUCGUACGCAAGGUGAUGACUAUAACAGAUGGUAACUUUACCGUCACCGACGCCAACGGCAAUCUCCUUUUCAAGGUCAAAGAGCCUUUGCUUAGCCUCAGCGACAAACGGGUUUUGUUGGACGCAUCAGAUAACCCUAUCUUGACUCUCCGAGAAAAUAGGGUGAGCUUGCAUGAUAGGUGGCAAGUAUUUAGUGGAAAAAGUACGAGCCAGAGUGAUCUAGUAUACACAUUGAAACGAUCGUCCAUGAUUCAAAUUAUGAAGCCAAAGCUAGACAUUUUCUUGGCUCAAAAUAAAGAAAUGAAGGUAUGCGACUUCCAUGUCAAAGGAAGUUGGAUCGACCGGUCAUGUGUCGUUUACACCGGCAAAUCUGACGUCAUUGUUGCUCAGAUGCACAAGAAACAUACCGCACAAAGCAUAUUAAUUGGGAAGAGUAAUUUCUCGGUUACGGUCUAUCCGAAUGUUGACUUUGCCUUUAUUGUCUCUCUCAUUGUAAUUCUCGAUGACAUUAACAAGGAAGAUUCUGAAGACUAAAAUUAUUUUUUCCAGCUAAAUUAUUUUGUGCGUUGCAAAUACUUGAAGUGAUAUAUAUAAUACUGUGAUACCAUUUUUUUAUUAUUUUUUGACAAUCAUUGAUAUCAUUAUUAAUAAAUAUAUCAUAUUUAUAAAAAAUGUGCAAAAGACAAAUCCAUCGUUUCUUUUAAGCAGACCUUAUUUUUCACAUUUAUUCAAAAAACAACAAUGAGCGAUUUCUUGUAUUCGCCCAGUGCAUUGUUCAUGAGUUCUCUUGUUCAUCUACUAUAAGGGAUUUUUGUCUGCCAAGCUACAAGGAGAGCUCGUCCAGUCUUAGUUUUUUUUGUGGAGACACACACACCUUGGCAUGCGAUUUUUUGGAUGCUUUUCAAGCAAUCAGACAAGAAGACUAAAAGAGCACAUGAACAGUCUUUACCGCAGAUUCAACCAAGAUAACCUUAACCAUUUAUCUCUUCAUCUUAAUUAGCUUUACAAUCUCUGAAGUUUUCAGCUAGCUAACCAUUGGAGAUUCCUUCAAGAGAAUUAGUGCAAUGAAAAGAUGAGAGGAGGAGAGAUGAUGGUGUUGGUGGUUUUAUUGGCAAAGUGAUGCGUCCAAAAGAUACUCGGAUCCAAAUAUGACAACUGGUUGGGUGCUGAAUGAUGAUUUCGAUAAUACUUAUCAUAAGCACUUUAAACUGAACAUUUUUUCAUGUUUAAAUCCAUUUCACUGAUCACACAAAUGUUACUUCACAACACACAAGAACAGAAUCUCUUGUGGCAGAGGAAAAGAAAAGACGAAUCCCAAUAGACAUCUAUUAUUCCAAAAAAGAAAAA